AUGGUGCAGUGGAAAUUAGUUUGUGGAUUCGUCGCAUUCUUUGCAGUAACAACAGUCAAUAGCUCGCCUAUUGGACUCGAUCAAACGUUGAAGGACGAGGUCAUAUACAUGGACGCAAACUUCCCGGGUCGUGGGGCACAAUAUUCCAACCUCGAUCCGACGGCAGGGACUUUGGCUGCUCUCCAUUUAUCAAAAAAACAGCGUCGUCUCGAGUUGACAAAGAGUACAGAUAUGCUGAAGAUUGAAAAGUUCUUUGGCCUGGAGCUAGAAACGGACAUUACCAAACUUCCCACGAAAUGUAAGCACAGCCCGUCUCCAUGGCCAGGUAGCUUCUGGCCGACGUUUUGUGACAGUUUGAACCACAAAUAUUCUAAGAAGUCUGAGAGUCCCGCAGCAAAGUACGCAAAGGCUUUUGGUUAUGACAUCAAGGCCUUUAUGGACAAGAUUUCAGCUUUAAAGGGAGUCGACUCGAUGAAGCACCGCGAAAAGUGCACCAAAACCGCUGAGUGCAAAGCACUUAACAAUACGAGCGUGUGCGCCAAACGCCUCGGGAUGAAGCAAGGUUACUGUGUUCCGAAAUGGUUUGGUAUUUGUCAUGCUUGGGCACCUGCCUCAAUUUUGGAGGCCGAACCGGAGUGUGCAGUCGAGCACAAUGGCGUAUCUUUUGAGCCGUACGACAUCAAGGCUCUGCUUACUCUAGCAUACGAUGGUGUCAAACUCCCGACAAUUUUUACGGGCACUCGUUUUGCGGGUAAAGACACAGCCCCGAACUCCACGGACCAAUAUGGCCGCUUCACAGACUACCGCCGUCGUGACAUCAGCCCGGGUUUUUUCCACAUUGCUAUUACAAACAUUAUGUGCCGCUUCAACAGUACUUUUAUAAUCGAUAUUGCUGCUGGUAAUGAGGUUUGGAAUCAGCCAGUGCACAGCUACGAAAUCCUCCGUCUAUCCUGGAUGACUCCCAAGGCCGUCGCCAAGAAAUAUUUUAAAUGCGACAAGUAUCCGUUCAAUGACGCCGCUACGAAAAUUGCCGUUGUCACCACCCGACUUCGUUGGGUCAAGGAGGCAGGCGUGAACGGGCCUCUUGUGUCAACUGGUAUCGUUGAGAAGUACACGGCCAGCGCUGACUACGAUUAUAUCCUCGAGACGGAUGAGACGUACCAUGUUUUAGGCGGUGAGUGGAUCGCGGGCAGUAUGAAGAACCAUCCCGAUUUUAUGUGGUUUCCUGCCUCCAAGCCUGAACUUUCCGCCAUUACGGCCACAGGUUUGAACUACUCAGAAGUUGAGAAUCUACUCAUCAAGUCAACUGGUGGCAACUGUAAGCUGGCCUCCGCUGAUAAGAAGAAUCAAACGGUAGCAGUAGACACAUCAAGUUCUGCAUCAUCAGCUGAGCUGCCCGAACUUGCCUCAAGUGAUUCUUCUACUCCGUUGGCAGAACCCACUGAUGACUCGUCCGCACAUACCAUAACUGAUGCUGAUGCUCCGUCGGCAGAACCCACUGGUCACUCGCCCGAACCUGCCUCAAUUGAGUCUGCUACGUCGGCAGAACUCACUGAUGACUUGGCUGAAUCUGGUGCUUCUGCUUCGCUGGCAGAAAGUACUGAUGGUUCGACCGAACGUGCCACAAUUGAUCCUAAUGUUCUGCCGGCAGAAUAUACUGAUGAAAAGCCUAAACCUCCCUUAACGAAGCCUUCUGAGGCAGCUUCGCCAGCAGCACCUACUGCUGAUUUUACCGCUUUGCUCAACGUCCCUGGCUCAACUGCCACUGCUGUUUUGACCAAACCUGUCUCAACAAUUGCUAAUCCCCCGCCUGCUCCGCCUGUAGAUGCUAAAACCCUGCCUGCUCCACUUGAAGAUGUUAAAACUCUGCCUGCUCCACCUGAAGAUGUUAAAGCCCCAGCUCCACCUGAAGAUGUUAAAGCCCCAGCUCCAGCUCCUGAAGGUCCAGUAGCAGAAUAUUAA